CUGAGAGGAAGAAGGGGACCUUCGUGUGAAGUGCGCGCUACGAACGUCAGUCACAUUGGAAGCAAAGCGCUCUCACCUCACCGAUACACGCGCAGGUCCGGUCACCGUCUGCAGUCUGUGCGUUAAGGCGCACAGCCAACACAGAACUUUACGCUCUCCCGGGAGGACCGUACCCCUUCUUCCUCUUUCCUCCGGCUCUCCCCGCUUGAUUGCACCUUGAGGCUUUCCGUAGGCCGUAUUUUUUUUUUAACUCUCACGCCCGGUUCUGCUGAGUUGUGGCCAGUUCGACCCAGAGCCCCGGGUCACCCAUGAGGCUGGAGGCCGCAGCCAGGAUGGAUCUGUUCAGGAAGCUGUGGAGGGCGAGGAAGCUGAUCCUUGUGGUGUUUAUCCCGCUGUCCCUGCUUCCCUUACCGCUUAUCCACCCUACCAGUGAGGCAUGUUGUGCAUAUGUGUUGAUGGUGACGGCCGUCUACUGGGUGUCUGAAGCAGUUCCUUUGGGUGCUGCUGCUCUAGUCCCAGCCUUCCUCUACCCGCUAUUUGGGGUGCUAAAGUCCAGCGAGGUGGCAGCAGAGUACUGCAAAGACACCACUCUGCUGCUGAUGGGGGUCAUCUGCCUGGCGGCCUCCAUAGAGAAGUGGAACUUGCACAAACGGAUUGCUUUACGCAUGGUCAUGAUUGCAGGGGCGAAGCCUGGCAUGUUGGUGCUGGGCUUCAUGUGCUGCACAGUAUUUCUCUCCAUGUGGCUCAGCAACACAUCCACCACAGCUAUGGUGAUGCCCAUAGCAGAGGCUGUCCUGCAGCAGCUGAUCUGCACCGGUCUGGCUGACAGUCAUGACGACUCUGAAACGGCAGAGGCGCCUGAGGAGGACAGCGCUGUUUCAGACAAAGAGGAGAACCUGGACAAGAACCAGUUAGAGCUGCUCUAUCGCAACAGCUGCAAUGACUACACUAAAAAGGAGCUCUCCACACUCAGUGAUACACAGACUGGUGAGGUCAACGGUUUGGGUCUCAAGCCCAUCUCAAACCAGGAGUUCAUAAGAAACACCAACGGGCACCUGCCGCAGGUUGCAAUUGAAAUCCCAAAUGUAAAGCGGGUGAAGAUGAGAAGAGACUCCCAGUAUCCCACCAAAAGGGAUCACAUGAUCUGUAAAUGCCUGUCGCUCAGCAUCACGUAUGCAGCGACCAUCGGAGGACUCAUCACCAUCACCGGCACGUCAACCAACCUCAUCUUUGCUGAGCAGUUUAACAAUCGUUAUCCGGAUGCAAAGGUGAUCAACUUUGGUACAUGGUUCAUCUUCAGCUUCCCCAUUGCCAUCAUCAUGCUGGUCCUCACCUGGCUGUGGCUGCACUUUCUCUUCCUCGGCUGCAACUUCAGAGAAACGUGCUCACUGAGUAAGAAACGCAAAACCAGGAGAGAGAUGCUGUCAGAGAGGAGGAUCCAUGAGGAGUAUGCAAAGCUGGGACCGAUCAGCUACCCAGAGGUGGUGACGGGUGUUUUCUUCGUCCUGAUGACUCUGCUGUGGUUCACCAGAGAGCCUGGCUUUGUGCCCGGCUGGACAUCGCUCUUUGAAAAGAAAGGCUACAGGACUGAUGCAACAGUGUCUGUUCUUCUGGGCUUCCUCCUCUUCCUCAUCCCUGCCAGGCGGCCCUUCUCUUCCUCCUCUUGCUGUAAAAACUCAGAUGAUGAGUCAGAGUCUGACCCCCUGGCUCCUAUGAUCACCUGGAAGGACUUCCAGAGACUCAUGCCAUGGGAGAUCGUCAUCCUGGUUGGAGGAGGCUAUGCACUGGCAGCUGGCUGCAAGGUGUCAGGGCUGUCAGUGUGGAUUGGCAGACAGCUGGAGCCCAUGAGUGGUCUUCCUCCCUGGGCGGUCACCCUGCUUGCCUGCCUGCUGGUGUCCGCAGUCACCGAGUUCGCCUCCAACCCAGCAACUCUUACUGUCUUCCUGCCCAUCCUGUCAGCGCUGUCGGAGACUCUGCUCAUCAACCCCCUCCACACUUUGAUCCCUUCCACCAUGUGCGUGUCAUUUGGGGUCAUGCUUCCAGUGGGGAACCCCCCCAACGCCAUCGUCUUCAGUUACGGCCACGUGCAGAUCAGGGACAUGGUUAAAGCAGGUUUUGGUGUGAAUCUGAUUGGCGUGGCGGUUGUGAUGUUGGCCAUCACCACCUGGGGGGUUCCCCUCUUCAAUCUGACUGAGUUCCCAGUCUGGGCGGUGGCCAGGAAUGGCACUGGGAGCUUAUAACCAACAGUGGGCUGGGAGCUGGUGGUACAAAGAGGGGAUGAACUCAAAGAUAGGAGAGGAAGAGACUGAAGAGACUGUCAAGAGUGCUCAGAAUUAUACUGAUUAAACUGGCCUUAAAGGAGGAACAUGGAUGUGGUGAGAAGAAGAGGAAGAACCAUCACCAGCUGCUUAGAUAUAAAAUUAUGUCUCGGCCAAAUUGGGGUGUUACGAGGAAUGUUAAAGUGGCCAUUGGGGGGGUUAACUCUGAACUCCAGCUGAAACCUUUUUCUUCUUUUAAACCUCUUAAUGCAUUAAUGCGGUGAUCAAGAACUGAUUUUAUUUUUUUUAAUAUAAUAGAAAAAAAUUACAAGUGAAGGUUUUAGAGUAUACCCCCGUUUUUAGACAAAUAAGCUACAUAUGGCCACUGCAACUAGAUCGCACACAUUUCGGCAUUUCUGGAAAAUCUCAGUUUCUGUUUUGUCUUUUGUGGACGAGAAAGAUGUGGCUGCUGCAUUAAAGCAAGAUGAAUGCAUGAAAAGAGAAGUCCACCUUGGCUGCAGGUGUACUGUAUACAUACAGCUACUGUACUUUUUGUCGGAGACGACGGGCCUUUCUUACACAUUUCAAACACAUUCCUACCAAAGCUGCUUUUGUGUCCUUAGAUGCUGUGAAAAUGAUUCUUGUUGCUACAUUUUAUUUCAGCACACUGCAGUGCCUUUACAACGAUAAUGCCUUAAAUUCUAACAGUGUUAAUGUCUUACUGUUAUCUCAAAGCAUGUGGUUGCAGUCGAUUAGUCAGUUUUGCUUAGGAAAUUUCAUAAAAUGAGUGACGUGAGCCUGGCAGCCAUAAUAAGAGCUGGCUAAAUGGUAAAUGCUAAAUAAAGGAACUCCUUUUAUUACCUGCAUUAGCAUAUGAUGCACUGGAACGUCCAUUAUGAAAAGGGGACAAUGCUUGGAAAUGCUCUCUAGGCUUGUUUGACCGGGGCUUAAGAUGGCCUUUUUGCGAUCCUUUUUUUUUUUUUUUUUUUUUUUUU